AUGGAGCAGACAGAUUCGAUCACUCCCUCUGAUCGUCAAAGUGGUCCAAAACACAACAAGAGGUCUGGCCAGCAAGAGGCAGAUACCACGAUGGCUAAUGACGUUGACCCAUCAGCCCCUGCUGCGGCCCCUUCAGACUCGGUGGAAAGAACUUCUAAGAGUGGUUCUUGUUCGAGGAAGAGUAGGCAGCAGAAGAAGGAAAGGAGGCAAGAGACCAAGCCGGCUUCAGUGAAAGACGAAGCUGAGGCUUCUGGUAUUUCCAGCGAAGAGGAAUCCACUUCGGAUGAUGAUGAAGCCUCAGAAACCGCAACACUUGCUGCCAAGCAAUAUUCGGGAGUCAAUGGCACUACUAAGAAUAAGAAGGAACGAGCCAACAGUAUCAUUUCCAAGAAAAAGACCUCCAAGGCUUCCACUAAGAAGCAGAAGAAGCCAAAGAAAAAAAGCAACAAGAACAAGGCGGGCAGUUGCUCUGACACCGCUUCCGAUUCGGACAGUGGUUCAGAUUCGUCCGAUCCCGAAUCUUCUGAUAAUGAGGACCCUGGUGAGAAAAGUGACCGAACCAAGUCCUCUUCAGGCCUCGAGGGCCAACUCAGAGCGCUCCAACUCCAGUUUGCUCAGCUGCAGCAGCAGCUAGGCGCCUCUAAUGGCCUGGCUUCAUCCGUUAACCCAAGCGCCUUUGCCUCCUUUGGUUCGUCGACUUCGCCGUAUUCUAUCCAAAAUCCUCUGGCUUCACAGGUAGCUGAUCUCGAUCCACUACUCACUGGUCGUCGACCACUUGUUCACUAUAAUCCUCGCAGACGUCGACCCAUGCGACUUUCAGGAAUACCAGCUCUCGAAGGUAGUGACCGGGAUAGUAUUACUAAUGAUUACUUGCGUGGCGAGUUGAAGUUCAAGGGGAAAAAGCCUAAGGGUCCUGCCUUUAAACGCGUGGAUCAGGUGUGGGACAACAGCAUACACAAUUUCAAACUUCAGGACACAGCCGACACAGACACCGAUUCCCAGUACGACGAAUACAUCUUCCAUGUCAGAAGAAAGUUCGACUGGGAAGGAAAACAUGUAGCAACUGUUGUCGACAUCAAGAGCAAGUUGCUUCGGGAAUGUCUGCAGGACGUUAUCGGCAAUGCGGAAGGCAUCAGCCUGGUAGAUGAAACACCAAAAAUGAACCCUGAGGUCCUUUUCUU